AUGUCCGAGGACGAGCCCCAAAUGAACACGGAACCGCAAAUUAACAUGGAGACGAGGGCGGCAGAACUGUGUGACGCGACCACGCAACCGGUUCGCGAUUUCGUAUACCGGUACUACCUAACGCUGGCCGGCGUGCCAAACGAUGCCUGGCGGUUUUACACGGUAGGUGCUCGGUACACGCACGUGGACGGUCGCGGGCCCGAGGAGGCGCGCGAUCCGGGACCGGCCGUCGGCCAGUACCAAAUCCACGUGAAUAUCACACACCAGCGUUUCUCCGAGUGUACGUUUCUUAUACGGUCCAUCAAUGAGCAGCCUGUGGCGGACGGCCGCGUUCACGUUCUGGUUACCGGCGACACUUCCCGCAACCAGCGGGUGGCCGAAUCGUUUAUCCAGUCGUUCGUGCUCGACUACGUGCGGGAGAUCAACCAGUACGCCGUCACCAAUUCCAUACUGAAAGUGUACACGUCAUUGCCUCGACCACCUUCGCCGUCGACUUUCUCGUCCGAAUGA